AUGCCGGACGUGAUCACGGACACGGCGCUGAGCAUGGCCGAGUCCUUGCUGGUCAGCGCCAUUGGCAAGGCCGCCUCUGCUGCCACCAACAAGAUGAGCCUCGUCAUGGGUGUGCGCAAGGAUAUCUGGUUCAUCAAAGAUGAACUAGAAACAAUGCAAGCAUUUUUGGUGGCUGCUGAAGCAAUGAAGGAGAAAGACGUGCUACUUAAGGUGUGGGCGAAGCAAGUAAGAGACCUAUCCUACAAUAUUGAAGAUUGCCUUGGUGAAUUCAUGGUGCAUGUGGCGAGCCCAAGCAGGUUGCGGAAGCUGAUGAAGCUCAAAGAUCGCCACCGAAUCGCCAUGCAAAUACGAGAUCUCAAAUCAAGAGUUGAAGAAGUGAGCAGCAGGAACACACGCUACAACCUGAUUCAGAAGGACCAGAUCACUAGAGCCAUUGAUGAGAGGGAUUCUUGCAUGGAAGAUAUUCGCAACCAGUCAGCGUACAACAUUGAUGAAGCUGAACUUGUGGGGUUUUCCAAACCCAAACAAGAGUUAAUAAAUCUUGUAGAUGUGCAUGACAACAAUGGACCUCCUCAGGUUGUAUGCGUGGUAGGCAUGGGCGGUUUGGGUAAGACUGCUCUUACAAGAAUGGUUUAUGAAAGUAUGGAUAACUUUUCAUGUUGUGCUUGGAUAACUGUCUCGCAGUCAUUUAUUAGGAUGCAGUUUCUCAAAGAUAUGAUCAAAAAGCUUGUUAGCCUUAAAGCGUUGGAGGACUUAAUCAGGAAGGGGGCGGGACAAGAGGACCUCGCCAGGUUUCUUGAGGAAAAGCUACGCGAGAAGAGGUACUUCGUUGUUCUUGAUGAUUUGUGGCACAUGAAUGAUUGGAACUGGAUCAGAACUAUUGUUUUUCCUAGUAGUAACAACAAAGGCAGCAGGAUAAUGGUAACAACACGAGAUGUUGGCUUAGCUAAGAAGUGUACUUUGGGACCUUCUUCUAUACCACUUAUAUACCAACAUCAACCCCUAGAAACAAAUGAUGCCAUAAAUUUGCUAUUAAAGAAGACUAGGAAAAGUGAGGAAGACAUGACAAAUGAUGAGAGCAUGAGGAAAAUAGUCACCAAGAUAGUGAAAAAGUCUGGAGGGUUACCCCUUGCUAUUCUUACAAUAGGAGGCAUGCUUGCCACCAAAGCGAUAGACCAGUGGCAAAUGAUUUAUGACCAAAUCCCCUUAGAACUAGACAACAACCAAAACCUUGAACCAAUGAAGAGGAUGGUUACACUGAGUUACAACCACUUGCCUUCUCAUCUUAAGUCAUGUUUUCUGUAUUUAAGCAUAUUUCCCGAGGAUUUCAAAAUCAAAAGGAGGCGUCUGGUAGAAAGAUGGAUAGCCGAGGGGUUUAUUAUCACCACGGGUAAAUCGCGUGCUGAGGAGGUUGGGAAUAGUUACUUUGAUGAACUAAUCAACCGAAGCCUGAUUCAAUCAGUAAAAGUGAACAUAGAAGGAACUGUGAAGAGCUGUCGAGUUCAUGAUAUCGUUCGUGAUGUCAUGAUCUCAAUUUGUAGAGAUGAAAAUUUUGCAUGCUCAACAUGGGAUAAGGCAACCGGCGUAGCAGGAGAUAACUUCCGUCAUGUAGCAUAUGAAGGCAGUUGGUGCCCAAAUAAAGGCUUGGAUUGGAGCCAUGUCCGGUCAUUAACUGCGUUUGGUGAGAGACCCAUAAAGCCAGCACCUUCAGUUUGUUCCCCGGACUUUAGGAUGCUUAGAGUCUUGGAUUUGUAUGAUGCCAGGUUCAAAAUUACACAAAAAGAUAUCAACACUAUAGGGUCGUUACUUCAUCUGAAGUAUGUCAAUGCUCGGUCUUCUAAUUUUGGUUCGGACAUUCACAAGCUCCCAAGAUCCAUAGGAAAACUACAAGGCUUGCUGAGUUUGGACAUAACAGGUGGUUAUGUGACAUCACUACCAACUGAUAUCACUAAACUACAGAGCCUUCGUAGCCUCCGAUGUAGCAAAGAACGAAGCUGGUGUUCUAGUAACUGUUGCAUACCCUUACCUUGUUGUCUGAAAAUUGUGUGUCUGCUGCACUGGUUGUGGACUGGUGAUUUGCCUGAUUAUUAUGGUGUGAGGGUGCCUAGAGGCAUCGGCAAACUAAAGGAGUUAGAGAUACUAGAGGUUGUGGACAUUAAGAGAACUAGUAGGAAAGCAGUUAAAGAGCUUGGGGAGCUUAUAAAGCUCAGAAAGUUAAGUGUGACACUAGGGGAGAGCAAGCAAAAGAGCAAAAUACUUUGGACAUCCCUUCAGAAGCUCUCUUCUCUCCUCUCCCUUCGCAUGGUUGCUACUUCUCGGAGAAACAGUCUCGAGUGGUUGCAUUCUGUUUCCUCCCCCCCUCCUCUCCUGAGGGCGCUGAGUUUGCGCGGAGAACUCGGGGAGCUGCCUGGCUGGUUUGGCAGUCUGGUACACUUGGUGAAGAUUUACUUGCAGUCGAGCAGUCUGACGGAUGGAGAUAAAGGCAUGAAAAUACUAGGCGCACUGCCCAAUCUCAUGCUCCUUGGUCUUCAUUGGGGGUCUUAUGAUGGGGAGAGUCUGGUCUUGAGAGGAAGAACAUUCCCAAGCCUAAGGAAACUUGAUAUUUACGGCCUGAGGCAACUGAAAGAGUUGGUAUUCGAGGAGGGUGCCUCGUCCCAGUUGAAAAACAUAGAAAUCAGAGACUGCAGCUUGGAAGCGGGGAUUACUGGUAUCAAGCACCUUCCAAGUCUCAGGGAGAUUUCACUUUGUUGGAGGAAUAGUAAAGUAGCAAGGCUUGUUAUGCUGCAAGGUGAAUUAGACACACACCCCAACCAUCCCGUUCUGCGGCUCGGGCAUGACUUGAGCGAGCAUGACCUGGGUGACGUCGCCCAAGGAUCCACUACCGCUGCGGUACAAGCGGACGACGUGAUGGAGAGCUCCUCCUCACAGGUGGUUGUCGUGGAGAUGGGGAGACACAGUAGCCAAGACCAUGUUGAAGGGGACGUCGACGGCGAUGAUUUCCGUUCCUGCAACUCCGACGAUGAUGAUGCUUGA